GCGAUAAACUGCAACUACUUUCUGAGCUCUAGGGAUUUUGUUUUUUUUUAAGGACUCUAAUGAGCUCAUCAGGAGGCGAGAGCCGAACAAUGGCUCCAGAAGAGUGCUUUUUUUUGGACUCGGAGGUGGACAGCUUUAUUCUUUGCAACAUAUCUAUCAAUCAAAGCACAAACCUCCCCCUCCCAGGAUUUCUGUACGCCAUCCCAACCAUUUACGGACUCAUCAUUUUGGUGGGACUCAUUGGCAACAUCACCCUGAUCAAGAUCUUCUGUACUGUGAAAUCUAUGAGAAACGUGCCCAACCUGUUCAUCUCCAGCUUGGCCCUGGGAGACUUGCUUCUCCUCGUGACCUGCGCCCCUGUGGAUGCUAGCAGGUAUCUGGCCGACGAGUGGCUGUUCGGCAGGAUCGGGUGUAAACUUAUUCCCUUUAUACAACUCACUUCGGUCGGCGUGUCAGUCUUCACGCUCACGGCUCUCUCCGCAGAUAGGUAUAAAGCAAUCGUGCGGCCAAUGGAUAUUCAAGCCUCCCACGCCUUGAUGAAGAUUUGCUUGAAAGCCGUCUCGAUCUGGACCGUCUCCAUGCUGCUGGCUGUGCCCGAAGCCGUGUUUUCUGAUCUACGCUCUUUCAACGACCAACUCACCAACAGAACCUUUACUAGCUGCGCUCCGUACCCCCACUCCAACGCCCUCCACCCGAAAAUCCACUCGACGGCUUCGUUUCUGAUCUUCUACAUCAUUCCCUUGUCGGUCAUUUCCGUGUAUUACUACUUCAUUGCUAAAAACUUGAUCCGGAGUGCUUACAAUAUCCCGGUGGAAGGGAAUGUCCACGUACGGAAGCAGAUCGAAUCCCGCAAGCGGCUCGCCAAGAUGGUGCUGGUGUUUGUCGGGCUCUUUGCCUUCUGCUGGCUUCCCAACCACAUCAUCUACCUGUAUCGCUCCUACCACUACUCCCAAGUGGACACCUCCCUGGGGCACUUGGUCACCAGCAUCUGUGCCCGCCUCUUGGCCUUCGCCAACUCCUGUGUCAACCCGUUCGCCCUCUACUUGCUGAGCAAGAGCUUCAGGAAGCAGUUCAACAACCAGCUGUUCUGCUGCCGGGCCAGCCUGCUCAUCCGCUCCCAAAGCGUGGCCAGGAGCACCACUCGCGUCACCUCCCUCAAGAGCACCAACCACUCGGCGCCCACCUUCAGCCUCAUCAAUGGCAACCACCUCUGUCACGAGGGUUAUGUAUGAGGGCCGGCCGGGGCCCCUCCUCCUCCUCCUUCCCCGCCCCGUCCCCUCUCCCUCUCACCUCCUCCUCCCGCCACCGCUCCCCCGAGACUGACCGGAAUCAACGGUCCAGGCCCAGGCCAGUGUGUGGGAGAGACUCGAACAGCUGCUGUGUCAAGGGACACACGAUGGAGGAGUUUAAAUCUGCCGCUUGGGCGCGGGGACCGGACCCAUGUUGUUCCUCCCGCUGUCAUUCAUCCCGUCUGAAACCUGCACGAGAAGAGGGAUCGCCGUUAGCCGCGAUCCCUGGGUGAGGGCGGGGGGACGGCCCAUGUUUCCAAAACCCCUCACCCCGGAAAACUCACCCGUCGAACAUCCGAACCCUCUUUAAGGAUCCCCGGGGCUCUAGGGAGACUAUCCACGUACAACCUGCAAUCCCCAAAUUGAAGGAAUUCUCACUCAGUAGGGCCCCUUCGCUGAACAAGUUAAGACCCAUUUGUCCACCACACGUGGGCGGCUGGCUGGCAAAAAUGAUUACUUGCUAAUCCUGAUCGCCUUUGACCGAAAGGACACACUUGAGGAAAUUUUUUUUUAGAAGUGUUCAUUUUGUUUUGAAGAUUUCAGAUGCAGAGUGGCAUGCCGUGACAUUUUUGCUGUCUAAAAUAAGCCGCAGCUAGUAUCAAUCUGAAAACAGUUCCGUUUGAAUGACUGUGAAUUGAAACAUGUUUACGGCUAUUUUUUUUUAAGCUAAAGUGCAACAUUUACGUUCAAGCCUCUUAAAUGUAGGCCCCUCCACUCCAGAUUCAAGAGUGUGGAGUAUUUUUUUUUCACCAGUAAAACACUACUGAAGUUACAAAAUCCCUCCAACUUCCCUAGAGAACUGUAGGAUUAGAGGGGAAUCUUUGGACGUCCUGCGGCCCAACCUUCCCACCUCCAGGUACAUAAUGUUUCAGAAACCGCUCUGCAUGCUCAAGAAUUUGCCUUCUCUCUGCCAGCCAAAACAGGAUGAGGAUCUGAGGAGGCUCUCCCCACGCACUGUUCCUUCCAAGAGUCAUUUUCUUGGACUGACCGGUUCGCUCCUUCCGGGGUCCUGGCUGGGAGAUUCUCUAGAAAGACAGGGAGAGGCUGGCCUGAACUUUCCAGGUCGCUGCUGGGGAUGGAAAUGGGGCAAGAAAGAGUACAGCGACAGUGUCGGGGACCUGGGAGGGAAAGCCGCUCUAGCGGGGCUUAUUAUUACCGUUUAUUUAUGGUACUUGUUAAGCGCUUAUUAUGUGCCAGGCACUGUACUAAGCAAUG